AUGCCCGUGUCUGACCAGGCCUUUGUGACGCUGGCCACCAACGACACCUACUGCCAGGGAGCCCUGGUCCUCGGCCAGUCGCUGAGGGACCAGCGGGCCACCCGGCCGCUGGUGGUGCUGAUCACGCCGCAGGUGUCCCGCCUGCUCAGGGCUCUUCUUUCGAGGGUAUUCGACGAGGUCGUCGAGGUCAGUCUGAUGGACAGCGCCGACCACGUCCGCCUGGCCUUCCUGAAGAGGCCCGAGCUCGGCGUCACCCUCACCAAACUUCACUGUUGGACGCUCACCCGUUACAGCAAGUGUGUGUUUCUGGAUGCAGACACGCUGGUGCUUUGCAACAUUGACGAGCUGUUCGAGAGGGGCGAGUUAUCGGCCGCCCCGGACCCGGGCUGGCCCGAUUGCUUCAACAGCGGGGUGUUUGUCUACCGGCCUUCUCUGCACACCCACGGCCUCCUGCUGCGCCACGCCUCGGACCACGGCAGCUUUGAUGGGGCAGAUCAAGGCUUGCUGAACAGCUUCUUCAGCAGCUGGUCCACGGCCGACAUCCACAAGCAUUUGCCCUUCACCUACAACUUGAGCAGCAACGCGGCGUAUACCUACAGCCCGGCAUUCCGCCAGUUCGGUUCGAGGGCAAAGGUCGUCCACUUUCUGGGGCCCAGGAAGCCGUGGAGCUACAAGUACAACCCGCAGACGGGCUCGGUGCUGGAGGAGGGUCCUGGGGCAGCCCCCCAGCACCAGGUGGGCUUCCUGAACCUGUGGUGGAACAUCUACCACCACAGCAUCUUGCCUCUGUACGGAAGCAUCCUGGACGAGCCACGGAACAUCCCGGAUGCACCACAGACCUUUCCCGACGAGCCACGGAGCAUCCCGGACGAGCCACGGCGUGCACCUCCCGGACACACGGAUUCCCUCCCUCGCAUGGAGGCGCCGUGUGCAAAGGGAGCCCCUCGUGCCGAGGGGCCGUGGGCAAAUUCAGAGGCCACGCCUCCUGGGGACCCUCUGGAGCCGCACACAGUAGGGAAGGAGACCCCAAUUUUGUCUGAAAGAGCCCCUUCAGAAGACACGACAGGUCGCCCUGAAAUCGAGGCUUCGGCUGGAGAGAUGCCCGAGCCGAUUCCACCACCUUCUCCCCCAUUGGCUGACGUCACAGAGACCCAGAUCACCGCGGGGCAGCUCAUGGAGACACAGCCAGCGGGCGAGACAGGAGGUGGCCGGUCGGAGGAAUGCGAGGAACGACACCAGGAUCCCCCUCUGAAUGUCAGCAGGGACCCCAGGCCUGAGGAUGCCCUGGAGGUGGACCUGGCCGUCUCCAUUUCCGAGAUCUCCAUCGAAGAGAAGGUGAGGGCGCUGAGCCCCGAGGAGCAGCGGAGGAAGUGGGAGGAGGGCCACAUCGACUACAUGGGGAAGGACGCCUUCGCCCGCAUCCAGGAAAAGCUGGACCGGUUUCUGCAGUGA